UGGCGGAUGUUGUAAACACAGACAGCAGCUUCUUGUCGGAGGCCAAAGUGAACCUCAUAUCUGUUAAAGAUGACCAGUCUGGAUUUUGAGCGGCUGGACAGUCUGGAGGGCUGGGUUGCCGUUAAAAGUAACAUAUUCGAGGAGAACGAGCCGUUCAAACUGGGAUUCAUCGUUCAAUGGAGUGUCAUCGAGUGCAAGUUCGCGGUCACCUGCCACAACCGGACGUUACAGCGACAGAAGCGAAAAGAUGAGGUUCCCAUCGGAGACCCUCAGAUGAGCUGGGCCGGGCUCUUCUCCGUCAGCGACCUCAAACACGUCCAUCAGCAGUUCACCUGCGUGUCGGAGGUCCUGGGAGCCUGCUUCCCGGACCUGUCGGAGUUUGAGGCGGGCAACAUUUGGGACUUGCUUUUCCUGAAUCGGAGGGCAAGAACCGAGGACGACGAGAGAGAUUAUGACACUCCGUGCAGGAAACUGGAGAAAUAUUUCAGCACGGCCAUCGACAUCUGUGGGAGAAAGAUCGUCCUGGACACUUUAUUUGCGCAAGAUGACCGAGAUGUGGAGGAGUACUUUGAAAAUCUGCAAGAGUUCAAAAAGAAGACCAUGCAGGAGGAAAUAUCGAGGGCCAAAAGUCACCUGAGACAGCUGCUGCAGAGUCACAGCGGUGCUGACCGAUUGGUUGUGCUACUCAGCAUCUAUGAGGAAGAGGACGAGGCCUACCAGGACCUUGUGACUGUGGCCACCACCUUUUUCCAGUAUCUGCUGCAGCCCUUCAGAGACAUGAGAGAGCUGGCCUGCCUUUACAAGCUGGAGAUUCUGAAGUCUUUAGAGUUUGAGGAUUUGGGUCCUAAGAGAAUUGCAGCUCUGGAGAAGGAGGCAGAGGAAUGGAGAACGAAAGCAGAAGACGCGGUCUCUUCUAUCCAGGACAUCACUGUCAGCUACUUUGCACAGACUUCAAAGGCGCUGGCAGGUAUGUUGAAGCAGAUGGAGGAGGAUAAGCUUCGUUUUGGACCUGCUGCCUGGGCGUCUGCAGCUCCCAGACUGGAGAAACUGCGCUUCCUAUUGGCCAAAGAAACCCUGCAGCACAUGAGGGCUGCGGAGAUGUGCCUGAGCCGGAAAAAAGACAGCAUCAGAGAAAGGCUGGGGAGCCUGACAGGCAGCGUUCAGAAUCAUGACACAGUGGAUCAGCUGGAGCUGCAGUUUUAUGAAAUCCAACUUGAACUUUACAACACAAAGUUUGAGAUCCUGAAGAACGAGGAGCAGCUCCUGAUGGCCCAGAUCGACACGCUGCGGCGGCAGAUCAAAGAGCUGAAGGACGAGGUGGUGUACUACGACGUGUGUGAGGAUCCCGAGGAGCUGCAGAGCAUGGUCCACACAGGCAGUCAGCAAACCAACUCUCCAGCUGUCACUCAGCUCAGGAGACGCCUGCAGGCCUUGGAGACCAAGAGGGGCAACAUCUGUGCACGUCGAGCUUAUCUACGCAACAAAAUGGACCAGUGCACGCACGCCCAUGAGCAGAAGCAGCUGGCGGCCAAGCAGAGCUCCGCGGUGUUCAACCAGCACCAUCAGGUCCACCUGAAACGAGAGAAGAGGAAGGAGGAGGAGCAGAAGAGGAAGCAGUGGGUGGACCAGGAGAGAGAGAAGACUCUGAGCAGAUUACGAUCCUUCAGAGAGAAGCGUCAGGGCCAGUUCAUCCUGAAAACCCGUCAGUCCAGGACGUCUUGCUCCGAGAGCCCCUGUCCCUCCCAGCCACUGUCCAUCAUCAGCCUGGGCCCCUCUGGGGAGCCGCCCGCCUCCAUCCGCCCUGCGCCCAGACGCAUCAAAACACCCAGAAAGCUGCAGGAGAAAGACAUCCCUGUCCAGAUCUUCUCUGCGCCGCCGCCUCCAUCAACAACCUGCCUCACUGCGCCUCCUCCUCCUCCUCCGCCUCCUCCCCCUCCGCCGCCGCCUCCUCCUCCUCCUCCACCUCCACCGCCUCCUGCCGUACCUCCUCCACGUGUCCAGGCUUCGCCUUCCUCUGAGGACGCGCCGAUGCCUCUCAGCGAGAAAGAGGCCCCUCCGUUUCCAGCCAAGAACAUGCUCAAACAGAAUCUAGGAACGAUGGACGAAGUGCUGGCCUCACUGCAGCGUGGGCAGAUUAAACUUCGAAAGGUCGCCACAGCCGAGACGGCGACCCCUGCUGAGGACCCGAGGAGCAAUCUGAUGUCAGCCAUCCGGCGGGGAGUCACACUGAAGAAGGUGGUUCCCGCGCGACCCGACGUCUCGAGCUGCAUCAACAACGAGCUGGAGCGCAGCAUCAAAGCCGCCAUGCUGAGGAUGAAGAAGGUGGCGUCUGACUCAGACGACGAGGAGGAGGCCGGAGGUGACGAGACGCAGAGCGCCGACUGGGACAGCUGAGAACAGACACCGCGCCGUCUUGCCAUCACCCCCCCCCCGCUCGCUUUUUAAAAAAGUUGAUUCACUGUUGUGAGCUUCGGCUCGUGCUGCUGCCAAACCUCCGCCGAGGAGCCGCUUCUCCGACGGCGACGGGAUUACGCCUCCCCGGACUGAAACGCCGCAGCCUGUGGGAGUCGCCGCGCUGUAAUCCCGUCGGUCCUCUCAUCGCUGUAAAUCAUCCAGAACGGCUUCAGUCAGACUGACUAGUUCGAAUCAGGAUAAGCAGUUGCUAGUUUGUGGAAAAACUCAAACUGGGUGUCGGGAGGCGCUCAUUAUAAAGCAGAGCCCGGCAGUCAUACUGUACUACGGCGUGUAAAUGAUUGAAAUUCUUCCAACACUGUGUCUGAGGGUUUGUUUUUUUUUGUGGGACUCGCACAGCAGGGGAAGCCUGGGCUGCCGGCGGGAACAGCCACACUACACUAAUUCUGCUUUGUCCUCAUUGCUGAGUGGAAACUUCUAUUUUUUUGAAAUGCAAUUAAAUCCCAACAUUUGUGUUUGGAGUUUACCCCCAAAAGGGCUUCACGACAAAUGUAGGUCUUCUUGGGGAUUUCAGUUUUUUCUCCCCAUAUUAUUGCAAAACAAAGGAAGAGAUGCGUUGAUCAGCAGUGUUAAUUAUUUACAGUUUCUGUGUUUUGGGGUGUUUUUUUUCUUUUGUUUUGUUUUGUUUUGUUUUUUUUUUCAGAUGUAUGUGGAUCCGUUUGGCCUGAUUUAGGUCCAGUUCAUAAAUGAUCCUUCUUCUACGAUGCCAUAAUGAACUGAAGUGACAGAAUAGAAUGUUAGAUGCAUACAACAUGAUUUCAAGGAAAGUCGAGGCACGUAAAUGUUCAGUGUAAACAAAAUGCAAAUGAGCCCAUAUUAUAUUACCAAUGAAACAAACUAUUUUACAGUUUCAUUGACAAUAUUGGCUGAUUUUGCUGUGGCGUCAUGUCGCCAUUUUUGGACUUGUGGUUGUAUGAUUUUUUUUUGUAGCCAAUGAUUUUAGUUACGAAAGUUUGUUUUGAGUCAUUGUUGAGAGAAAAACUUGAGUUCAGACUGUCGACGUUCUCAGAAAACUUUCUAACUUUUGGCCUUUUAAUCCUGUGACACAGAGCUCUUGACUUACCGUCGCCUCUCCAGAGGACGAGGCUCUUUGGUUUUUUUUAUGCCAGCAAAACGACAAAAGGCGCAGAGCUCCAGACGGUCUGCAGCAAGUCGAGCUGUGAGCGGAUGAAGGCUGAGGCUGACACACACAUGUACCGCUGCGCUUCAAUAAUAAAUGAAGACAUGUCAGGUCAUCAACAUGAAAUGUUGGCGAUUUCUUCCCCGAUUCAACAUUUAUGAGGCUCACGUCUUUGCUGUUUCGAAUCUCUCGCUCUCGUCCCUGAUCUCCACAGUGUCAGCUGCGCCCGGGCCGGCCAGGCGACGCGCCUGUGUUCUUUAAACAAGUCGCAUCGGCUACAGAAGUGUUUUAUCAAACCGGUUCCAUCAAACCCAGGCGUCUGCGCCUUUGCUGGAUUUGGAGCCCACGACGGAGCGAUGAGUCACGUUGUAAUAUCCAUCCUGGCAGCUCUCACCUCUCUCU